AUGGAGCUGAAAUGCAUUGAUAUGUCUAAGACACCUAAAGCCCAAUCAACCUUGGAGUCCAUUCAUCUGCCCAAAGACAGUAAUGACAGCUUGAAAUCAGGAUCCUGUGAGGACUCCCUGAUUGCUGAACCUCAUGCUGACCAAGUUGACACCAUCAAGGCAUCUAUGAACACUGAAAUCCACUCAGUGGUUCCUAAGGCCACAGUGGUCUAUGCUAACCAACCCGAGGCACUGUCCAGUGAAGUGCUUCUGGGCACUGAAGGUAAUGGAGAUGUUGCUGACCGUGCUGUGGUGGGUUCUCUGACUCCAGACUGUGACCUGGCAUUGGUUGAAGGGCUGGACCCUGGGUGGCACACCCCCCUGGUACUGAUGGAGACCUUGGUGAAUCCUGGCAAUGACUCUGACCUGACUGUGUCUGACUCCAGUGAAGUGUCUCUGAUCACUGACGACCUGCCAGUGUGGUGGGACUCAGCUGUUGACUCCAGUGAAGUGUCUCUGAUCACUGACGACCUGCCAGUGGUGGACUCAGCUGUUGACUCCAGUGAAGUGUCUCUGAUCACUGACGACCUGCCAGUGGUGGACUCAGCUGUUGACUCCAGUGAAGUGUCUCUGAUCACUGACGACCUGCCAGUGGUGGACUCAGCUGUUGACUCCAGAGGGCAGCAGAGGGCAGAGGAUGACUUACAAAGCACUGACCAGCUGCUAACGAGGUCCUGUGCAGAUUGUGUGACCCCAGAGAAGCACUAUGCUGUACCGUUUGAGGACUCUUUGAACUCUGACAAGGAAAUCUCCCUCAACAUUAAAGACCAUGAUGACCGACCUGCAGUAGACUUUAGCAGAGAUUCUGUGAGCUCGUCUGACCAGUCUUUGUCCCUUGUUGCCACUGCUCUUGGAUCAAUAGUCACUAUUGACUCUUUCAAUAAGGCUCUGUUGUUUUCCAAUAUGUUCGACCAAGGCAAAGAUAACUCUAUUUACCAGCCUGUAGUGAAGUCUCAGACCACUGAAAAUCUAAUUAACCCCACUUUGGUGUCAGAGUCCAUUCAAUCUCUCAUCAAUGAAAUCCUGGAAGAUAACAUUAUCUCAGCCCCUGAUGACAGAACUCUGUUCACUACAGACCAUGUAGGAUCACAUGAGAUUGAAAUAUUUAUAUCUAGAAUGCACUUAGGCAGUGUUAUCACCUGUCAUGAUGACCAGUUUUUGGAGCCAGACAGUGAGGAUGACAUGGUUGACCCUUUGUCUCACACCAGUCAUAGCCAUCAUCUGUGCGAGUCAGUCAUGAGGCCCAAAGGUCAAGUCCAACUCAGUGGACAUACUUGGUCACCCUCUUAUGAGACUGAUGACUGCCGUCGCUAUGCUCAAGACCACAACGUGAUGGAAUACAAAUUGAAAUACAGCUGGGACCUAAAGUCUGCAUGGGUUUCUGUGCCACACUACAUUCUGACGAGAGGGGAGAGUGUGACCAAAAGGAUGGAGGGAGAGAAGAAGUAUGGAGAAAAGGAAUGGGAGAAGUGCUCCUCACAGUGUGACAGGAACUCUCUGAUUGAGCAUAAUGGACAGUGGAGGAUAGCCAGAGCAGUAGAGGCAGACACUGAAGAAAUCCUUCCCAAGCCGUACAUGAGAGACUUAGUUAUGUACGAUGGAUUCAACCAGCUAAAUGAGGAGAGGGUGGGAAAUCAGCUGGUCCUCUCCUCUCUCAAGGGCUCUCAAUGA